AUGGAGGGACUGGAGAUGUCUGCGAUGAUUCCGGCUCUUCAGGAGCUAGCCAGUGCCAGCGCGGCUGAGUACGAGCAGGCGGUGCAGAAACCUCGACAGAUCCUCUGUCAGUUCAUUGACAGGAUACUGACAGAUGUGGACGUCGUUGCUCUAGGGCUGAAUAAGAAGUCCAGUUCAGAGCCGGCCUGUGUGAUGCUGCUGGACUUUGUGCAACAUAUCAUCAAAUCCUCGUCUCUGAUGUUCGCGAACCCUGCCUGCCAGCCUGCUGAGUACCCGGACACCACACAGAGCUGUACUGACUUUAGUAAGUGGGUGGCGGUGCGUUUGCUCCGCGUGGCAGCAGCUCCAGACUGUGACGUCAUCCACGGGCGGGCCUCUGCUGUGUUGUGCUCUUUACUUCACACUCUCAGAGCCAGGGCGCCAUUCAUCUGCAGCCGCCUCACUCAGGAGCUCAUUUGUUUGGCCCAGGACCUCAGCAACAUCCUGUACACUCAUAUCGCCACGCUGGCAGGAAACGGACACACUUUGGGCAUUCACACACAGAGCCGAUGGCCUGUCACACUCGAGUGCUUCGGUAUCUCCUCUGUUUGUGCCUCCUCAUACCUCACCCCCUCUCCUCUUGUUCUCUCCUCGCCUGCCGCCCUGGAGUCGCUGACUGCCGUGACGAUCGGUGUCGUAACUGACACCCUGCGGGGAGUUGUCUCCCGUCAUGACAUCAGCGUGGCCUGGGAGACGGCUUGUUCUUUCCUGGCCAAUGGCAACACAAGGCUGAGGAAGCUCUCCAUGGUGAUGCUGAGUCGACUGGUGGAGCUGGGAGGGUUUCCUGAGAUGCAGGGCCACGAGUUCUUCUCGGCCUAUCUUCAGUUGCUGGAAACACACUCCUACACAUACACAGCAAACGUAGAUGAGAAACAUCCGUAUGACGGAGAGCUGCUGCACCUGACUCGCUGUGUGUUCCAGUCGUCUGGUGUCUCUCACUCACACUUUGAGCCCAUCUAUCUCUCGCAGAUGUUCGAGUGUGUUUGUACCCUUGGAGGUUCAGAUGUCAAGUUGGGGACAGAGGUUACUGAAUCGCUCUGCUUGCUGUUCAGCUUCUUGCUGUCUGUCGCCGUAGUUUACGAAAGUGCUGCAUUGCUAAGAAGGCAGCGAGUCACAGAGGUCUGCAGGACGCUGGCACGCACCGUUGGAACAGAAAAUCAAGCCGAAUGUACGGAGGGGUUUCUCCAAGCCGCACUGAAGGCGGAGACUGCUAUGGUGAUGCAGAAGUCAGAAGAUGGAGAGACUGCUGCCAAGAAAUCCUGCAAAUCUGCCAUCAAGUCAGCCAGCAAAACAACAAAAGCGUCAGCAGCUGAGGUGGACAUGCGUGUUGGCAGUGAGGUGUGGGCUGUGGUGAACAGUCGGCUGGAGGAGCUGCUGACCUUUUUGAACUCUGACGGCCCUGAAACCAAACAGACUCUCUCUGCUCUGGAGGGUCUGGCCCUCAUCCUCCACCUGGCAGCCCUCUGCUCCUCUCCCACCAGUCCUUCUCCUCUUCUCUGGGUGCCCACCGAGACUCUGGGCAGGGCCCUGAAGAGCUGCCAGUCAGUGUUAGAAGGAGGUCCUCAACCCGACUUAAACAAGGACUACUUUCAGUCUGCUGUCCAGACUACUGUCAGGGUCCUGGACUCCAUCCUCUACCUGACAAUGAGCAGCCACAGUGACGACGGGCUCCAGCGGCGAGUGUGCGCUCUGCUGUCUCUCCCCUGGGUGUCUGAGAACAAGUCUGUCUCAGCCUAUAAGAGUUCAGGAUUCCCCUCCUGGCUGCCCGCUUUGGCUCACAGACUCAGCCUCUGUUACUCAUCUGAGAUCCAGGCGGACUGUGUGUCACUGCUGGCCCUUCUGCGUCGUGGUGUGUGUGAGACGUGGCGUGUGUGCGUGUUUUCCAAGACGUUGCUGAGUCCAGAUGAGGCGGUGAGAGCGGCAGCAGUCCGGGCUUUCCCUCUUCUCCUUCACCACCUUGGAAACUCACACCACAACCUCAUCAGCACUACUCUGCUUCCCAGGCUGGAGGACAGUUCGGAGCAGGUGAAGAAGGAACUCGCCAGGAUCAUCGGUCAGCUGAGCUGUAUCCAAUCAGAGCUCUCCCUGCUCAGUGACACCCACCCUGAGUCCGCUCGUCCUCCUGAGAUCCUCUGCCACCAACUCAGCCUCGCAACAGACCAUGCUGGGAACACUUCUCCAUCCCUCAGGGCGUGUGUUGUCCGACCCUUCCUGCCACUGCUCAAACAGCAAGCUCCAAGUAGUGUUAAACAAGCUUUCCUAGAAGCUCUGCCUCACCUCUGCCAGCACGUGAAUCUGGUUGGCGGAGACAGCGACUCCCAGGCAGCUCUCUGUGCUCUGAUUGGUCUAAUGGAGGACUCGGAUCCAGUGGUCAGAACACGCUUCAGCCAAUCGGUGCGUUUCCUGCUAACAGAGACCACCAGAAACUCCGAGCAGGGCUCUCUGAGUGAGCUCCUGGUCGCCCGUCUUAAAGAAGCAUUCAACAAGGCUAAACUCAACAGAGAUGACGACCUGCGCAACACUCUCAUCCUCACCACCGGAGAGAUUGGCAGGGCGUCUCAGGGUAGUUUGGUGUCGUUCUCUCUGCUGAGGCUGCUCCACUGUCUGCUGUCCAAGUCGUCCCCGGUGUCUGUAGCUGCUUACGCUCAGAUCAGAGCUCUGGCCACUGCCAAAGGUCUUAAACUUCAGACCCUCUUCAGUCAGUACAAGAACCCUAUUUGUCAGUUCCUGGUGGAGUCGCUGCAUUCGCGUCAUGCAUCGGCCUUGCGGAGCACACCGGAUCAGGGCAGCGAAUCAGCCAAUCAGAGAGAGCUGGCCCUGGACAUCCUGGCUCAGAUCGCACACGCUUUUGAUUUCCCAGACCUCCACCGCUUCCUCACUAGGACCCUCCAGGUGCUUCUGCCCUACCUGGCGGCCAAAGCGAGCUCCACUGGCUCCGCCCUCAUCCGUACCCUGGCCAAUGAGCUGAAGGCAAACAGGAGAGAGAUCCUGAUCAACAACUUCAAGUACAUCUUCAGCCAUCUGGUCUGUUCCUGCACUAAAGAGGAGCUAGAGAGGGCUUUCCAUUACCUACAGAGUGAGACAGAGAUUGAACUGGGCUCUCUGUUAAGACAAGACUUCCAGGGUCUUCACAACGAGCUGCUGCUGCGCCUCGGAGAGCACUACCAACAGGUAUUCAAUGGUCUGGCCAUCCUGGCUUCCUUUGCGUCCAAUGAUGACCCGUACCAGGGUCCCCGAGACAUCACCAUCCCAGAACGCAUGGCGGACUACCUGCAGCCGAAGCUGCUGGGAAUUCUCGCCUUCUUCAACAUGCAGCUGCUCAGCUCCAGCGCAGGAGAGAAGGACCGCAAGAAGUUGGCAUUGACGAGUGUGAUGGCUCUAAUGCGACUGAUGGGCUCCAAACACAUCAGCUCUGUCAGAGUGAAGAUGAUGACGACGCUCCGCACGAGCCUCCGAUACAGAGAGGACUUCCCUCUGCUCUGCUGCCAGACGUGGGAGUGUUUUGUGAGGAGCGUGGAGCCGGCUCACUUGGGACCUCUGCUGAGUCAUGUUAUUGUUGCACUCCUGCCCCUGAUUCCUCUACAGCCCAGAGAAACCGCUGCCAUUAUCCGCUUUCUGAUACUGGACAACAGAGACGAAGUCAACGACUACCUCCAUGAGAUUUACUUCCUGCCAGACCACCCUGAGCUGAAAGACAUCCACACUGUUCUGCGGAACUUUAAGAAGCUGACAGCCAGCAGCAGUGACCUGGCCGCAGCGCUGCAGCUCUCCAUGAGAGCCGUUCAACAUGAAAACGUUGACGUCAGGAUUCAUGCGCUGACCAGUCUCAGGGACAUGAUGCACAGCAAGCAGGAGUGGCUGCUGCGGCAGGUUUGUGCGAGUGAGGCGGUGGAGCCGGUGAUCUCCAGCCUGGUGUCGGUGCUGCUGAAGGGCUGCCAGGACUCGUCCCCCGAGGCCAGGCUCCUCUGUGGGGAGUGUCUGGGGGAGCUGGGGGCCGUGGAUCCGGGACGUCUGGACCUGUCACACACACUCACCCAUGGCGACCGCAACACCUUCGUGAGUGGAGUUGAUGAUCCCAACUUCGGCUACGACCUGCUGACUGAGCUGACCAGAACAUUUCUGGCUUACGCGGAUGACGUGAGAGCACAGGACUCUGCUGCUUAUGCAAUUCAGGAGCUGCUAUCCAUCUUUGAGUGUCGUGAGGGUCGAACUGACUCACCGGGGCGCCGUCUGUGGAGGAGAUUCCCAGAGCAGAUUCAAGAAAUACUGGAGCCACACCUCAACAGCAGGUAUAAAAGCAGUCAGAAGGAAGUCAACUGGUCUAAACUGAAGAAGCCAGUGUACUUAAGCAAGAGAGGCAGCAAAUUCUCUGAUUGGUCGGCCACCUGGGCCGGAUACCUCAUCAGCAAGGUGAGACACGAGCUGGCCAGCAGAGUGUUCACCUGCUGCAGUUUCAUCAUCAAACACGACUACAAGGUCACAAUCUACCUGCUGCCUCAUAUUCUGCUCUACAUGCUGCUGGGCUGCACACCUGCAGAACAACAGGAGGUAACGGAGGAGAUGUUGGCGGUGCUGACGGCGAGUGAUGGACGAGGAGGGGGACGUGAUCAGGAGACGGCCUCCAGCUUAUCACAGCUCAGCACUCAGACUGUGUUCAGCAUGAUGUCUCACCUCACACAGUGGAGCCGCCACAUCCUCUACUCCAAACCCAAACACAACGAGAGCGGGGAGUACCAGCGCGUGGUGGCCUUCCUCAAGGGUAUCCCACAGGACGUUCUGGCCAAGGCCUCUCUACGGUCCAAAGCGUACACUCGUGCCCUCAUGCACUUUGAAGCGUACAUCUUAGAAAACAAAGAGAACAUCCAGGACCAUCUCACCUUCCUGCAGACUCUGUACGCUGCCAUGCAUGAGCCUGAUGGAGUGAGGGGGGUCAACGCCCUGAGGAGGGAGGAGCCGUCGCUACGGGAACAGAUACUGGAGCAUGAGAGCAUCGGCCUGCUCCGAGACGCAACCGCCUGCUAUGACCGGGCCAUACAGCUAGAGUCAGACCAGAUUGGUCACUAUCACGGUGUGAUGACCUCUAUGCUCGGCCUGGGUCAGCUGUCAACAGUCAUCACUCAGGUCAAUGGAGUACUGGCCAACAAGCACCAGUGGAAGUCGGAGCUGAACACCUACAGGGUGGAGGCGGCCUGGAAGCUCGGGAAAUGGGACCUGCUGGAAGAUUAUUUGAGUUCAGACCGUCAGUCCAAUACCUGGGGUGUGCGGCUUGGCCAGUUGCUGCUGUCAGCUAAGAAGCAGGAUGCCCAGAUUUUCUAUGAGAAGCUGAAGCUGGUGAGGAAGGAGCAGGUCGUCCCUCUGUCUGCAGCCAGUUACGAGUGUGGAACCUACCAGAGAGGAUAUGAGUACAUCGUCAGGCUCCACAUGCUCAGCGAGUUGGAGCACAGUUACACGGAGCUGCAGAAACAGAGGGAAAGCUCCGCCCCCGGCCUCAGCCAGCUGCCUCCUCAUUGGUCAGAUCGACUGGAGAUGACCCAGAAUUCCUUCAGGGCCAAGGAGCCGGUCCUGGCCCUCCGUCGGGCCCUGCACAGCCUGGGACCACAGCCUCUGAACAAGGAGCUGGUUGGGGAGUGCUGGCUGCAAAGUGCCCGCGUGGCCAGAAAGGCAGGACACCACCAGACUGCCUUCAAUGCACUACUGAACGCAGAGAACACACUCCUGGCUGAGCUGGUCACCGAGAAGGCCAAGUGGCUUUGGACCAAGGGCGAUGUACACGAGGCCCUGAUCGUCCUGCAGAAGGGCGUGACCCAGUGUUUCCCUGACGAUCAGCCACUGACGGACCCUCGCAGCCUGCAGACCAAAGGCAAGGCCAUGCUGCUGGUGGGACGCUUCAUGGAGGAGACGGCCAACUUCGAGUCCAAUGCCAUCAUGAAGGCAUACAAGGAUGUUACCAACCUUCUGCCUGAAUGGGAAGAUGGAAACUUCUACCUGGCCAAGUACUACGACAAAGUGAUGCCAAUGGUGACUGACAACAAGCUGGAGAAACAGGGGAACCUCAUCCGAUAUAUUGUCACAUAUUUUGGAAAAGCCUUGCAGUUUGGAAACCAGUACAUCUACCAGGCCAUGCCUCGCAUGCUGUCUCUCUGGUUGGAUUUUGGAGCCAAAGUGUGCGAGUGUGAGAAAGCGGGGCGAGCAGACAGACAAAUGCGACAGGAGCUGGGGAAAAUCAACGCGGUGGUGAGCGAGCACUGUGCCAACUUGGCGCCGUACCAGUUCCUGACCGCCUUCUCCCAGCUCAUCUCCAGGGUGUGCCACUCCAGCGACGAGGUCUUCACCGUCCUCAUGACCAUCGUGGCCAAAGUGUUCCUGGCGUACCCCCAGCAGGCUAUGUGGCUGAUGGCUGCUGUCUCCAAGUCUUCCUACCCCAUGCGUAUGAACCGCUGUAAUCAGAUCCUUAAGAAAGCAAUUAGUCUCAAACAGUCUCUGGAGAAAUUCAUUGGAGACGCCAACAGGCUGACUGACAAGCUGCUGGAGCUCUGCAACAAGCCGGUGGAUGGUAACAGCACCACCCUCAGCAUGAGCGUUCACUUCAAGCAGCUGAAACGUCUGGUGGAGGAGCCGACCUUCAGCCAGAUCCUGAUCCCACUGCAGUCGGUCCUCAUCCCGACGCUGCCCUCCACUGGCGGGGCGAACACACAGCACGACGCCUUCCCCGGACACUGGGCGUACCUGGAUGGCUUUGAAGACACAGUGGAGAUCUUGGCCUCGUUACAGAAGCCUAAGAAGAUCAGUCUGAAGGGUUCAGACGGGCGGAGCUACACCAUGAUGUGUAAACCUAAAGACGACCUGAGGAAGGACUGCAGACUCAUGGAGUUCAACUGCCUCAUCAACAAGUGCCUCCGUAAAGAUGCUGAGUCGAGGCGGAGGGAGCUACAUAUCCGCACCUACGCCGUAAUUCCUCUCAAUGAGGAGUGCGGCAUCAUCGAAUGGGUCAACAACACCGCCGGACUUCGACACAUUCUCACCAAGCUGUAUAAAGAGAGAGGUAUCUACUUAUCAGGUAAAGAGCUCAGGAAGCUUAUUCUACCGAAGACAGCCCCCUUUGAGGAGAAGCUACGAAUCCACAAGGAGGUGCUUUGUGUUCGGCACCUUCCUGUAUUCCACGAGUGGUUUCUCCGGACCUUCCCCGACCCUACAUCAUGGUACAGCAGUCGCUCUGCGUACUGCCGCUCCACUGCUGUGAUGUCCAUGGUGGGCUACAUCCUGGGUCUGGGAGAUCGCCACGGAGAAAACAUCCUCUUUGACUCUUUCACUGGGGAAUGUGUUCACGUCGACUUCAACUGCCUCUUCAACAAGGGGGAGACGUUUGACGUGCCUGAGGUGGUUCCCUUCCGUCUGACCCAGAACAUGGUCCACGCCAUGGGGCCCAUGGGCACCGAGGGUCUCUUCAGACAGGCCUGUGAGGUCACCCUGAGACUAAUGAGAGACCAGAGGGAACCGCUCAUGAGUGUGCUUAAGACUUUCCUUCAUGACCCGCUGGUGGAGUGGAGCAAACAAGCCAAAGGACUUUCUAAAGCUCAGGCCAACGAGACAGGAGAGAUAGUUAAUGAAAAGGCGAAAACCCACGUGUGUGACAUCGACCAGCGUCUGCAGGGCGUAAUAAAGAGCAGGAACAAAGUGCUGGGUCUACCUCUGUCCAUAGAGGGACACGUCCACUACCUCAUACAGGAAGCCACAGACGACAAACUGCUCUGUCAGAUGUAUCUGGGCUGGGGGCCAUACCUGUAAAACACACACCUAUGUUUACAAAAUGAGAGGAAAGCAUUUUGAAGUCAAUUCAGGAGAAUUUAAGAUGCUUUCCUGUCAUCACAUGCCAACACAAGACCACUUUAAGUGCCCUCCGAGGUGGCUGCAAGCAAUUAUAACAAGUGCAAAGGAAUACUUGCACAUAAUAACACAAAAACAUUCAUGACUGUUGAAGAGCUCUUCAUAAUGCCAUUUUUGUUUGUUCUUCCAUCAUUGUUAAGUUUCCUGUUUUCUGGAAACAAAAGAUAUUUGCUGCAUUGUUGUACAUACUCUUGUAAUAAAAGAUGUGUUUUGCAGAUU